AUGCUUUGCUCUGGACACGCAGCAGGAAGGUGCGUGUUUGGAAAAGUGUCUUGGGAUUUGCAGGCUUCGGUUCCAAAAAAUUCGUUGAUAGAACUGCCUGGAAUCGAAAUUAAACCAGAAAUGAGCACACUUCCGUCAAAUCGAGAGAUGUAUGAUCUCAAGGAGCUUCACAGUUACUAUUCAGCUCAUCCGCUAUUCGAUUUACAGCAAAAAAUGUUGGUGGUAGUUGAAAAUGCAGUGUUGCAGCAGCAACAGCAGCAGCAACAGCAACAACAACAACAACAACAUCAACAACAACAACAACAGCAACAACAACAACAACAACAGCAACAACAGCAGCAGCAGCAACAACAACAACAGCAGCUACAACAACAACAGCAGCAUAGCGGCAGUCUUCUUGACAAAAACGAUAAGAUCAGCUUGGAAAGUAGAAAUAAUGAGCUGCAGUCCGUAACACCACAGAUGUCCCCGUAUUUUUAUCAGUCAACUACCACACCAAUUCCAACAGAAAGUGGUGUUGACAGGCUGGAAUCUGGAAGCAGCAGUCCGUCCCAGCAGCAGCAAAUUGAACAAAUGUCACUGCAGGAAGAAGAAAACAAAACUGUGAACGCUGCGAGUAAAAGUCAAAAAAUGCGACAAAUAUUGGCGUUACGGAGAAAAAUGGCCGCUGAUAGGAGAAAAUUUUUGGAAAGGAAACGCCUACUUUCGUCCAUGAAGCGCAAAGUGAUUAAGGCACAAAACGCGGAGAUGGAGAUAUUUCGUCGCCACUGCUACAAUAUUCGAUCGUUCGCUCGACAGUUCGGUGUACUGAAUCUAAAACAAUAUGCAGUGACGAACUGUGGAUUUAUCGAGAACUACUAUCCGGAUCUGAAGUGUGGAGAGGUGGAAGCAUUUGUCGACAGAUGCCUGGAUUUGUUUCGGUAUGAGGAACAACUAGCUGCUAGCUGA